UUCAUUCAAAAACUUUUAAUCCUUAACUUUUUAGUCCACUUUCCUUCUUAACUUAAUUUUUGCAUUCUUAAUUUGACUUUUUUUCUUUUUUUUAUUAUUUUCACAUAAUUUAACUCAUUUUACCGUGACUGUAUAAAACUCAUACUUUUUAAUCAGUUUAAUCAGCCACAAUCUCUGCAAGUUUUUCUCUCUACCUUUGCCAGUAGUCUUAAGAUCAUGGUUAUAUAUUUUUUAAGUUGGUUUUGUAUGAGUGGCAGAGAGUGUAUUGCAUCAGGGUAUUUGUGGGGGAAGAAGAUGCCAGUCAUUAGGUUAUCUCUGACUGACACAUCUGUGAUAACCAGCUGACAUCUUAUCUCUUGCCCUAUUGCGACCCCCCUAUUGCGUGCAGAAUAGAAUAUGGUGAAGCAUGGCAAAGCACACCUUAGUUCACUCAAGGUGUGGCUUCUUGUCUCAGCCAGUCAAGCAAGGAGAGGAAAUUGUUUGUGAAAUAUUAGGAUGAGGCUGGAGAAACUGAUCUAGGAGGGAGGCUAAGGCAGUGGCAGAGUGAUGCUAGGGAGUGGAGGAGUGUGCAGUGGGCCUGUGUCCUGGUGGUGCAGUGAGGUGCUGAAGUGCUCCCCCAAGGUGGCCCCUAACCCAGGUCCCGGCACCACCCCUGAACCAAUGGCUGAGUGUGAACAAUGCAGCCUCAAGUUUAACUUUCUUCGCCGACGGAGAGAAUGUGCAAGCUGUAGGAUGGUGUACUGUGGGUCCUGCCUGAAGCGAGGGAUAGGAGGGACGCGCUGGUGCCAUAAGUGCCUGGUGCUGACCCAGUGGCCCCUGGACCUAUCAGAAGUGACGGCUCUCAGGGUGAAGGACCUCAGACAGUUCCUGCACUCACGCCGCAUCAACACUGCCACUUGUACAGAAAAAUGUGAGCUGAUUGACCUGGUGACACGGCACAUCAGCAGUCAGCACCAGACCACGUCCUCUCGGCGUCCCCCACCAACCGCACAGCACUCCACCUCCCACGCACCCAACAGCCACGGAAGACACAGGGCCGCCCCUCGCAUACCUGUUGUUUCUGAGGAUGACGGGAUUAGGGUGCGGGCAAGCAGCAACAUUUCCAUGGGCAGCAUUCGAGUGCGCCCGAUGGAUGGCAUCAGAGUACAGGGCAGCCACCAACCCUCCACUAAUGCCACAAGUUCUGACCCAGACAGUGGCAUCAGGGUGUUUGCCUCAGGCCAGGGCAGGAACUCCCAGGACAACUCUGACAGUGCCUCCCCAACCUCCCCGAGCAGUGAUGGCGGAUGUCCUGAGAGGGAGGAGUGUUCCCACUGCCCCGGUGACGACUGGACUGCCUCCUGCUGCAGUCUGGACUCGUGUCACAAUGGAACACCUGGCCAGCCCCACCACUGCCACCACCACCAUCACCACACGGAGACUUCCAGCCCCAACAGUGAGGACUGGGUGUUCCUGCCAGAGAUGAGCACCCCAUCAGCUCCCCAGGAUGAUGGAAGGAAUGAGGGAAGGAUGAAUGUUUCCCCUACACUCCCUCCUACACCACAGGCUGUAGGAAGUAGUGGUGCACAGGAAGAGCCCUCAGCUCCACCCCUCCCACAACCUGAGCAGGAGGAGGAGCAACCAUCUUUUCCAGCCCCUGCUGUAUCCUCAUCCUCCUCUUCAGCGUCAUCGUCAGCCCCCACCUCUGCCGUGUCUUCUCCAGAGCCCAACAAAGGGGUAACCGGUGGCUCUGUGAACCUGGGGGACCUGAAAUCUGAGGAGGAGAUCCACCAGUUGAGUGUGAGGCAGUGCAAGGAGCUUCUCGCCCUGAACAGAGUGAACUACUCUGGGGUGCGGGAGAAGUCUGAGCUGCUCAACAAAAUCAAGAUCCUGUGGGAAGACUAUCGCACCUCUCGCAAAGAAUUUGAGAAAUUGCCUGAGGAGAUGAUAUGCAAGAUCUGCAUGGAUCAUGCCAUUGACUGCGUCCUGCUGGAGUGUGGGCACAUGGUGUCGUGCACCCAGUGUGGCAAGCAGAUGUCCGAGUGCCCCCUCUGCCGGCAGUAUGUGGUGAGGGUGGUGCGCACCUUCCGGGCCUGAGCUGGGAUGACACCCGUCCCAGGGUAGGAGGGUACAUGGAGGCCUUAGUCUUUUUAUAAGCAGAAUUUUAUAUGAUUUAGUAUAUUCUGUGGUGGAAAUCUGUCUUUUGUAUCUCAACGCUGGAGCACGUAAGUCUUGUGUGAGCUGAGAUGUGCAUGUUGGAUCCACACUGCUUCUUUUGGUGUUCCCAUGAGGGUGGGGAGCUGCCCUCCCCAGCCUUGUGUGUCCUUGGUGGACAUGCUAUCAUCACAGCUUACUUUUGAAAGUUUGGGGUGUACUGUAUUUGCCAACAUAUAAGACAUUUUCAAGAAAACGUUUUACAAAUUAACCAGUACCUAAUGUUACUAUAGUUAUGAUGCUGAAAUACUUACUUGGAAAAAAAGAAAAAGCCUUUGUCAGACAGAGCAUAUGUCUUAUUCAGAGAUGUGUCUUAUAAGCUUGUAGGAACAGUAGAUCCCUUACUGAUGACUUCUAUUCUUGUGCCCCAUGCUUUUCUCUUGGAAGUUUUGGCAUGAACAGUAUCAAUGGAAUAUGCUGUUGAUCAGGGAUGCUUUCCUAGUGACUGUAAUGAAGCCAGAUGAAGAGAACUAGAACCUGUGGGAUGUGAAGCUGUUGAGGCAAGCGUGACCCAGCAGUGAGGGUGAGGUGUUUGUGCCACAGCUUGUGUCUGGAGAACAGAUGAAGUGUGUGCAUUCAGCUGUCCCAAGAGGUGGUGGUGUCCAUGGCCAUGGCCAGCAAAGUCUUUCAUAUCAAUACAUGUUUGUAGAACCUUUUCAUUAUUUAGAGUGUGUAUUUGUUUCUUAUGAGGCUCAUAGAUCCAUGGCAGUUUUUCUGUUAUGCUUCAUUGGUCUGUUUCUCAGUAGUAUACUUAUUUUUAUAUUUUUUCUUUGCUAGUACUUUUUUUUUUUUUUUUUUUUUCUUCUUCUUCUUCUUCUUCUUCUUCUUCUUCUUCUUCUUCUUCUUCUUCUUCUUCUUCUUCUUCUUCUUCUUCUUCUUCUUCUUCUUCUUCUUCUUCUUCUUCUUCUUCUUCUUCUUCUUCUUCUUCUUCUUCUUCUUCUUCUUCUUCUCACUGUCUUUAUAAAAGAUACAGCUGCCCAAGUCAUUAUCUUUACAAACACUUGAUUGGAAACCCUUCAGAAGCAGCAGCCCUGUAAUGACUCUCUUUGUAUUGAUUAUUUUUAUCAAAUUAUGUCAUUCCCUUGUAUUGAAAAUAACCUUAUGUAGUAUGUUAUUUCAGUACAUCAGAAUGGUAGGUUCACAAGGGCAUAGAUGCUGCAGAUCUGUAUGGUUACUCAUGUUUCUCAUCUUUGUGUGUACAUCAAGCUCAGACACAUCAUGACUUGCAGUCCUUCACAUCCUUCACUCAUGGGACACCUGUCUUGAGAGUAGCUAUCUUUGAGAGACACCUGCUGCUCUCAUCAGUAGCCAUGGCAGGGGAUUUCUCUAAUGACAGUGUUGCGUAGUGUCACAAGUGGCAGCUUAGGUGAGUGUUGCCUUGCUGAUUCAUUGCUUAUUGAUUUAGAACUUUUCCAUUUGUCAUUUUCAUGUUUUAGUCUGACACAAAAAAAAAACUAGUCAAGUAAUGUCAAAAUACUUCUUUUUUGUGUGUUUUGCUAUUCUUGUUCAUAUUUUUGUCAAUAGUGAUAAUUAUUUUGUUUCAUUUUUCUCUGCUAGUAACCAAAGCUUCACUAUUUUUGUUACUCAGAAACAUAUUACCUUGCAUUUAGUGUAUGGGGAUGAACUCUUAAUUUUGUGAGAAAUUUGCUCCUGUCUUUUUUCUAAGGAGUGAGGAUGCCAUUAGUGUUAGUCAGCAGUGGCUGUUGAAUGGUGUCCUCUGUGUAGACGUCUCCUUGGAUCAUGUUCUUUUAUCCAUCCAUGUUGUAUCAGUAUUAGGCACAUGCACAGAAGGGGACCACAUCCUCCACUGAGGUGCGAGUGGUGGCUGGUUGCCAUUGUGCUGCUGUUGUCCGCCAGAUACUUGUCCUUUGAUGCCAGUCCUUCAGGGUUGUUUCCUUCUACACAGUGACUCCAGAUCCUGUUGUUUUUACACUUGUAUGUAUAAUGAAUGUUACCUGAAGAAUGAUAUGAAUACCUCUAUGUUAAUUAUCAAGCCUAUACAAGUAAUGAAAGAUAGUCUGGAAGGCAUUACCACUUCAGGGGCAUGGCAUUGAGUCUGUGAAGUCUGACAGCACAGUUUCGUGGUGGAUGUUGUUGAUUUACCUUAAUUAGACUUAAAAGCAGAUAUACAGAAUACAGUGCCUAUUUGUGUGUAUAAUUUGAGUACUAAACCAUUGGGGGGCACAAUGUUAAAUAUCUAAGCUUUUAGAAAAUACACUAUGUAAUCCUGUAGUCCAGAAUUCUUAGAUUUUAUUUUUGUGGAACUUAUUGAUUUGAUUUAAGGUGUAACUACAAUUUGGAGUUGUAAUAUAAAGAAGUAUUACUUUGUCCAUAAUGUGUUAUCUUCUGCAGGGUGAAGAGCCUCUGUUUUUCUCAAGUUGUAAACCAUCAGAAUGGGAGCAGGCUAGGAUGAGAAACCAAGCUCUGUGUAUGGAUUUUAUUUUUAUUUAAUUCAGAUGUCAUACCAGUCUUGUUUUGAUGGUGUCAAGAGACUAAGAGAAAUCAAGUGUACCAGAUAUUUUAGGUGUAUUUUAGCCCUCCACUGUGUGUGUGUGUGUGUGUGUGUGUGUGUGUGUGUGUGUGUGUACUUGCAGUGUGCAAGUUCUUGUUAGUAAUUAUGUGAUCCAGUCACUAUAAUUGUAUUCAUUUAGACUUUCAUUUAGUUGAUGUUUAGCCCUUGCAUUCUUUUUACUCAAUCAACUUCAGGUAUUUACUUACAAAAGGAGAUGUACUUUUGAAUGUUUUCUGACUCAAAAUUUUCAUACCUCCUCAGCCCUGCAAUAGUAAAUAUUUUCAAAUUAUUUUACUUUAUUCAUCAGUUUACAUGUGACUAAGCCUCCUCUGUCUCCUUUCUUCAAGUGUAUGUGUGGUGUGUAUUUGUGUGUGUAUACAAGUGUGAAGAAGUUUGCAUGGAAGAUGUGGAAAGUCUGUGUUUCCUGUGUUGUGAUACAUUAUCCCAAAGAAUUCAUCAUGCCAGUGUUGUGUUGGCUGGCAGGGGUCCAGAGGUCCAAUCAUAGUUUGCCCUCAGCACUGUAGCUUCCCUGAGUCAGUACUUGGUUUGAGUGUGAUAGAUAGUAACUAGUGAGGUUGCUUUAGAUAUACCACUCGUAAUAUUUUAACAGUAAAGUGAAUUAUUUUGUUAUUAAAGCUGUCUUCCUUGUCUGGUACUAUCUCUUGGAGUGACAUCUUUUUGGAGGUGAGACUCAUGAUGCAUUUGGUAGUGCCAUAUAUAUGAAUGUAUCUUUAAGGCAACUGUGUGUGUGCAGUGAAUCUUAAGUUUUGCUGUCUACUUACUGAUUGCCUAAUAUUUGUUGAUUUUAUUUGUUUUAACUAUGAAGGUUGUGUUGGUGUGUCACACUUACUUAUGAGGACACUAACCAUCAAAUCAAAGCAACAAUUGAGAGGGAUGAGGAGAGUUCACAGCAAAUAUGCAGACUGAUACCUGUAUUGUAUAGAAAGCAAAUUAUCGUAUAGGCUUUGUGCUUCCUCCAGGCCAUUAUAUGACAGACCAUUGGUGGGCCUGGUUAGGUUCCGUGUAUCUCAGCAUUUGUCUGCAGGCCUUAAAUGUAAACACAGUUGUACAGGAUGAAAUGAGACACCAAGAGCAACGGUUGUGGCUGCUUAUGUUACCAUAGCCACUGGCUGCCAUGUUGUUAUCUUACUACAAAUAUCAGUCAUUUAUACCUCCAUCUUUGUACCCAUCUUGCUCCCAGGAAAGGCAUGUGUAAAGUUUCGAUGUUACUCUUUUUAAACUUGUAACAUUGCUUCUUGUAAACUUCAAAACUCACAUUACCCUUUUGAGUUGAUAGAUUGAGGCAUGUGAGGGUGUGUCAGUGUGAGUGUCUGUAAUGUACCAAGUUCAUGACCUGUAAGUCCUGUCAUAUUAGUGUCAUCUGGAGUUCAUUCUGGCUUUGCCUUUAGACUACCUGUGAAAUUUUAACCCUGUGUUUUAACUGAGGACCAAGGUGGACAAGGUGCAGUGGAAAGAAAGCCUUUGUGACAGAUGUCAUCUCAUUGCUGCUGUGUUGUCUGGUGAAGGUUUGGUCAGUAAGACUAUUUCUAAGACAUACUCCAUUACAUAUUCUAGGUCAACUCAAACUUUUGCUCAUCACUGUAUUGUCUUCUGGUCAAUAAGAUUAUAUUGUUGCAUAAACCUAAACCAUCAGAAUUAUUGUUAAGGAAAUGUAUUUAUUCUUUUGAACUUAUCACUACUUGAUAUGCUUGUAAUAUUGCUGUUAUAUACAAAUUGAUGUUCUUAUGUUUCAUGAAAAAAUUAUUAUAAAAUAAAAACCUGAAUAUAUAA